GCAAGUGGAGCAACAACAACUUGGUUGGCCAUGCAAGCGAACAGCAGCCGAUCCACAUUGAGCGCACAAUCCUCGGGCACGCCGUCGGCCUCCACAAUAUCCUCGUCGCAGGGCAAGCAACAAGUUGUCGAACUAUCUGGCUAUGUCAUCAUACUGGUUGAGAAUGCAGAGGGUAAAAUUAAAUUAUAUGGCUCACCGUCCGAUCGCGAUAAUCUGGAAGUGGGCGAUGAGAUACUCGAGGUCAAUGGCCUUACACUGGAUAAUAUAUCGCGCACCGAGGCCAUACGACACAUACAUGAUUGCAUCAAAUCCUGCACAAUUUGCUUACGCGUGCGCAAGAAAAAUGAUUCCAGAUUGGCUUGGGACAUUGGAAAUUCGGUGCAGGACGCGUUUGUCAUUGCAGUUGAGGAGCAUGCCCGGGAGCGUUUGCAACGUUUGGCGGCAUUGAAUCGAGUGACGCCCGUCGAUAUAACACAGCUGUCCAAAAAGCUGCAACAAUCGAAUAACGGCAGCAAUGGCGGCAACGGCGGCAAUGGUCAAACGCUCAGCAAUCAGACCAAGCAGCAGGAUUUGAGCUUCUUGAACGACUCAACGCCCAUCUAUGUGACGUCAUUCAGCAGCAAUCAGAUAACCAACAGCAGCGCCACCAUGACAACAGCCACAGCCGGCGGCCCCAUCAGCGCGCCCCAACAACUGGCGCCGACAACAGCAACCGGCACCAUUGCAACAGCAACGCAGCAGGCAGCGCCGUCGGCAGCGCUUGUCUCAGCCGCCGUGGCAGCGGCAACAGCAGCAGCUGCUGCUGCUGGCAGCGGCGGCGGCGGCGGCGGCGAUCGCAAUGCAAACAGCUCGGCGACGGGCAAUUGUGGGCGCAACGGCGGCAGCAGCAGCAGCGGCGCUCAAGCAGCCGCCGGAACGGGCAGCGCCACCGGUCACAUCUAUCAGACGAGUCAGGCGCAGCAGCAGCAGCUGCAUCAGCUGCAGCAGCAACUGGCGGCAGCAGCAGCCGCAGGCAAACCGCUGGCAGCCAAAUCGCUGCUGGCCACGAGUUUGCAGCAUCUGGCGGAGGAGGUGGACGACGAUGAGAUGGACGACGACGAUGACGAUGUGGAUGGCGCCAACUAUUGCGGCAUCACCUACAUAAGCUACAACAACAAGCAGGCGCAGCUGCCGACAACAACGUUGCCGGCGACAACAACACUGCCCGCCGCAGCAGCAACACUGGCGACAACAGCAGCCAUACACCAGCAGCGUCAGUCGCGUCCGCCGCCGCGCGACCGCGAGUCGCAGGCUGCACUGCAUCUUAGCAGCGAAACGCUGGCCGCUUGUCAGUUCGUCGAUGCGCAGACAUCGACAUCGCCGCUGGCCAUCGCCGCUGGUGGUGGUGGUGGCUGCCACAAUUUUGUGGCUUCGGCUCAUGUGCAUGGCACGACGACGCCCAAGACGGAGUACUCGACGGCCAUAUCGAGUGGACAGCUGCAGCAGGCGUUUGCCGAGCUGCAAUAUCAUGGCGGCGGCUGCAGCAGCAACAACAACAGCCGCACCAGCAGCAGCAGCAACUUCAAUGGGCAGCUGCAGCAACAGCAUUUACUUUUAAGCAACAACAAUAAUAGCAAUAAUUGCAUCGCAUCGGGCAUCAACAGCAUCAGCAGCAUCAACAGCAUCAGCAGCAUCAAUAGCAACAGCAACAUUAGCAGCAGCAACUUCAGCAGCAGCCACAACAAAUGUGAUUUAAUAUCAAAUAAUUUGUAUCCACCGAGACGAGAGUUACUAGCAGCAGCACAUAACGAUGACGUCAUCGUGCAUCAGUCCAACGAUGGCAACGACUCAGCUUCAGCAUCAGCAACACUAAACGCCGCCAGCAGCAGCAGCAGCCACAGCAGCAACCAGCAACAGCUGCUGCUCGAGUUGCAACAACAACAACAACAACAACUAAGUCCGACAAGUAGCAUAUCAAAAGGAAGAACUGAACUUUUAUUGGGCGAUCAAACGUUGCGAGUUGAACAGCGGCCACGUCGCCGUUCCGGCUCAAGCAUUGUGGUCAUUGAUGGUGAUGAUUUGAAGCCAUGUCUGCCGGAUGAUUACAUAAGUGGCCAGCAGCAACAUCAAUUGCAACACCAACAACAACAACAGCACCAGCAGCAACAUUAUCGCACGCACUCAAGUGAUAUUAGAGAGAUUGAUCAGGAAAUGCUUACUAUGCUGUCCAUGAAUCAAGAUAACGGUCCGCAUCGUGAGAUGGCCGUUGAUUGUCCAGAUACGUUUAUAGCACGCAAUAAAACGCCACCCAGAUAUCCGCCACCCCGUCCACCACAGUUGAAUGGCAACUCGUCAGCGUCGUCAUCAUCGAAGCCAGUGCCACCGCCUCGUGAUCAUUUGCGCAUCGAAAAGGACGGACGCCUCAUCAAUUGCGCGCCAGCUCCACAGUUGCCAGAUCGACGCAAUGGCCAAGCCCAGGGGCAAUCGCAGCAAAUAGCGCAGAUAGUGGAGCCGACGCUGGAGCAGCUGGAUAGCAUUAAAAAAUAUCAGGAGCAACUGCGUCGCAGGCGCGAGGAGGAGGAACGCAUCGCUCAACAAAAUGAGUUUCUGCGCAACAGUUUGCGUGGCUCGCGUAAGCUCAAAGCGCUUCAGGAUACGGCCACAUCCACGCCCAGCGCUGGCCCGGGCAAAGCACACGCCCAGCAACAGCAGCAGCAACAACAACAACAAGUUACAACAGCAACUGUUGCUGGCGUUGAGAACGAAGCGUAUCUCGCCGAUGAGGAGCUGCUGCCAACGCCAGCGGAACAAAUCGAUGGCUAUGCCGAGCUGAUAGCGGCGCUGACUCGACUGCAGGGCCAGCUGGCCAAGAGCGGGAUGAGCACGCUGGCGGGACGCGUCUCGGCGGCGCACAAUGUGCUGGCCAAUGUGAAUGUGGCGCAUGUGCUGGCGGUGCGCACGGCGGUGCUGCAGCGGCGGCGUCCGCGCGUCGCGGGUCCGGUGCUGGGCAAUGCGCUGGGCCUGCAGAAGGAGCUGGUGGAGCAGCUGACGCAGUCGAAUACGGCGGCGGCCAUCGAGCUGGGCAAUCUGCUGACGAGCCAUGAGAUGGAGGGAUUGCUGCUGGCGCAUGAUCGCAUUGCCAGCCAUACGGACAAUACGCCCUGUGGCUCCGCCUCCGGCAGCAGCUCGGGCGGCACAACGACGCCAACGCCGACGCCGACAGCAACGCCCACACCAGCGGGCCUGAGCGGACACAGCAGUCCGGUAAUGACGGCGGCGGCGGGCGUGAAGCGCAGCAUGGCAGUGCUGCCGCCAGUGGUGCCACCACCGAAUCCCAAUGGAGGCGGCGGCGGCAGCUGCUCGUCGUCGGUGGCGCAGCGCGGCGCCAUGCCGCUGCCUCAGGCUGGCAUGAGCGGCUGCUUUGGCACGCUGAAUGAUCAGAACGACAACAUACGCAUCAUACAGAUUGAGAAGUCCACGGAGCCGCUGGGCGCGACGGUGCGCAACGAGGGCGAGGCGGUGGUCAUUGGGCGCAUUGUGCGUGGCGGCGCUGCCGAGAAGUCGGGACUGCUGCACGAGGGCGAUGAAAUUCUCGAGGUCAAUGGCCAGGAGCUGCGCGGCAAGACGGUGAACGAGGUGUGCGCGCUGCUGGGCGCAAUGCAGGGCACGCUGACGUUUCUCAUUGUGCCGGCGGGCAGUCCGCCGCCUGGUGGCGGCUUAAGCGGCGGCCUGGGCUUGGGACUGGGUCUGGCACUGGGCAGCGGCAAUGGCGGCGGCGGCGGCGGCGGCAAUGGCUUGGCCCAUCGGGAUAAUGCGGUGCUGCAUGUGCGCGCCCAUUUCGAUUACGAUCCGGAGGAUGAUUUGUAUAUACCAUGCCGGGAGCUGGGCAUUAGCUUCCAGAAGGGCGAUGUGCUGCAUGUGAUUUCGCGCGAGGAUCCCAAUUGGUGGCAGGCGUAUCGCGAGGGCGAGGAGGAUCAAACGCUAGCCGGCCUCAUACCUAGUCAGUCGUUCCAGCAUCAGCGCGAGACCAUGAAGUUGGCCAUUGCCGAGGAGGCGGGCCUGGCGCGCUCCCGUGGCAAGGACGGUGGCGCCAGCAAAGGCGCCACGCUGCUCUGUGCGCGCAAGGGGCGCAAGAAGAAGAAGAAGGCCAGCUCCGAGGCGGGUUAUCCACUGUAUGCCACUACUGCGCCGGAUGAAACAGAUCCGGAGGAAAUCCUUACCUAUGAGGAGGUGGCGCUUUACUAUCCGCGCGCCACCCACAAGCGUCCCAUCGUCCUCAUCGGUCCGCCCAACAUUGGACGCCACGAGCUGCGUCAACGUCUCAUGGCCGACUCCGAACGCUUCUCGGCCGCAGUGCCACACACUUCGCGUGCGCGACGCGAGGGCGAAGUGCCCGGCGUGGAUUAUCAUUUUAUAACGCGACAAGCGUUCGAAGCGGAUAUAUUGGCGCGUCGCUUUGUUGAGCAUGGGGAAUACGAGAAGGCCUAUUACGGCACAUCACUGGAGGCCAUACGCACAGUUGUUGCCAGCGGCAAGAUUUGUGUGCUCAAUCUGCAUCCGCAGAGUCUGAAGCUGCUGCGCGCCUCUGACCUUAAGCCCUACGUGGUGCUGGUGGCGCCGCCCAGUCUGGACAAGCUGCGCCAAAAGAAGCUGCGCAAUGGCGAGCCCUUCAAGGAGGAGGAGCUGAAGGACAUUAUAGCCACGGCGCGGGAUAUGGAAGCGCGUUGGGGUCAUCUCUUCGAUAUGAUCAUCAUUAACAAUGAUACGGAGCGCGCCUAUCAUCAGCUGCUGGCCGAGAUCAACUCGCUGGAGCGCGAGCCGCAAUGGGUGCCCGCCCAAUGGGUGCACAACAAUCGCGACGAGUCAUAAACAAUAGCAAACCAAACUUUGUAAAUACUUAAGUUUCAACUCAGCCAUGUCGCCCAUAUGGAGUCGCAGCCAAGCCCCAGCCCCAGCCCCAGCCCCAGCCCCAACCCAAAUCCAAUCCCUAAUUUGUUCGAGCAUAAAUUACUUAACAUGUACGCUGCUGUUUUAUAUAAACAAACAACUAAUACAUGCAUAUAAUAUAUAUUAUUGUAUAUUGUUUGUUAUGUAAACAAAUGCAUUAGUUUAUGCGCGUAUUUUAAUUCAAGCAUGUUCACAAACAAACAGCAAAUUGUUAACACUUUU